GUAGCGUCUCCACCAGCGUCUGCCGCGGCCGUGUUUGCCCGAAGCUCAGAGACCGACGGACGGACAGAUCGCCUGGCGGACAGACGAGGGCUCUCGCCUUGGGCUCGGGGCCAGCUUCGGCGAGGCUCGGGGCUUGCAGCGCGCGGCUUCUGCGCCCGCUCACAGCCACCCCGGCUCCGGCGGCCUCGACGCGCCAGGGGGCUGGAGGUGCGGGAGCCGUUCUCCACCGGUCGGUGCCCGCGCGGCUCAGCCCCGGCCGCCGCGCCGCGGCCCGGAGCUGCUUCCCCGAUCCCCUGUUCCCCUCCGGGCUGCUCUGAGCAACGGUGCUCCAAACUCGGGCUGCCGAGGCAAGUGUCUUCAUGAACCCAGAGGAUGUCCGGGAAGCACUACAAGGGUCCUGAAGUCAGUUGUUGCAUCAAAUAUUUCAUAUUUGGCUUCAAUGUCAUAUUUUGGUGUUUGGGAAGGAAAUUCAGAUUUGCUCUUGGUAAUGAAGAUGAGGAAUAAGAUGUGCCCGUGCUCAUGGGCAAUUACACCCGGUCCUGACCACUGAGCUCUGAGGGGGUGGACAGCCCUGUACAAUGUGUCAUCAAACAUGGGACACCCUGAUUGCAAGACCUGCUAUUAUUUUAGUUUUUGGGAAUAGCAUUUCUUGGAAUUGGACUGUGGGCGUGGAAUGAAAAACAGGCAUGUUCUAGCACCUCUUACUCAUUUGUCACAUUGAGCUUAACAAAAUUAAAAAGUCCAGUGAGAAGACCCCAUCUCUAAGACAACAGAGGCCGAGCUGUCGGCUCCCCGUCAUUUUUGUAAUCCGGAAUCUCUGCUGCCAGGAUUAUGUUCAGCUCCUCUGUAAUCGCUCUGUGUAGUCGGAAGCAGUAAGACUGCUUUGCAGGGGCUCUUGGGAAACAUGGCGCAGGUGAAGGAGUGCAGUCUCUUGCUCAUGUCCAUCUAGGGAGUUCUGUCCAACAUCUCUUCCAUCACCGAUCUCGGCGGCUUUGACCCAGUUUGGCUCUUCCUCGUGGUGGGAGGAGUGAUGUUCAUUUUGGGAUUCGCAGGGUGCAUUGGAGCACUACGGGAAAACACAUUCCUUCUCAAGUUCGAGAACUCUCUAGAUCACCGCCCAUCUGCCCCUCCAUGCUUCCUCAGUAAUUUUUCUGUGUUCCUGGGAAUUAUUUUCUUCCUGGAGCUCACUGCUGGGGUUCUGGCAUUUGUUUUCAAAGACUGGAUCAAAGACCAGCUGUAUUUCUUUAUAAACAACAACAUCAGAGCGUACAGAGAUGACAUUGAUUUGCAGAACCUCAUAGACUUCACGCAGGAAUAUUGGCAGUGCUGUGGGGCUUUUGGAGCUGAUGAUUGGAACCUAAAUAUUUACUUCAAUUGCACAGAUUCCAACGCAAGUCGAGAGCGAUGUGGCGUGCCAUUCUCCUGCUGCACUAAAGACCCUGCAGAAGAUGUCAUCAACACUCAGUGUGGCUAUGAUGCCAGGCAAAAACCAGAAGUUGACCAGCAGAUUGUAAUCUACACGAAAGGCUGUGUGCCCCAGUUUGAGAAGUGGUUGCAGGACAAUUUAACCAUCGUGGCUGGUAUUUUCAUCGGCAUUGCAUUGCUACAGGCCCAUCCUAAAAUUCAUGUGGAAAUGCAACGGACCCAGAAUAGCAAAACAAACUUGAAAAAGAGCAAAGUUGGAGAACUCACACUUUCCGAUUACAGACUUACUACAAAGCUGCAGUGAUCAAGAUUUUUGGGAUCUGCCUGGCUCAGAAUUUGGUUAGCGAUAUUGAAGCUGUCAGGGCUAGCUGGUAGAGCCCUGCGUCACUGCUGUAAGACACUGGACCGACCCGGCCUUCCUGACCCUCCAGCGUGCCCAGCCGAAUCCACGCUGCAAUCCCACGUGAUGGAACUGCCGAGAACUUGGUUUUGGGCGGGUACAACUGGGAAAUGCUGCUCACUGACAGAAUUAAAAAGAUAACCAGUAUGAAAGUCGUUGCGCCGUGAAUCUCUACUGUAGCCAUGAAUUUAUGGUUGGUUGGAUACUUACCAAAAAAGAAAAAAAAAAGGGAGGGUGAGGGACCCAGAUGUGCUUGAAUUUGUGGAACACACAGUCUUGUUCUCUCCUUCAGUGAUCGGAGGGCUGGGAGAGGCGGUUUUUGCUCUUCGUCACACCUUGAGGGGACUUUCUGGUCUGUGGCCUAAAGAAGUGCAUCUUUUCCAAAACUCAACCCCUUACCUGGGAGGGCUGUGGUUUUUUUGUGUUUUUGUUUUUGUUUUUGUUUUGGCGUCCCUUCACUGUACAUUUCAGGAACCUGUUACAACUAUCACCCCAAGAAGAAAACAGCUUGUCUUUGGGUUCAGAUGUUGUGAUCGCAUUCACAAGUCAUGUGGGUGGGCACGCCUGGUCUCUCCUGGAGUGUCUUUUUCAGGGGGAGUUGUGUAUUCCAUGUGCAUGGAGUAAGGGCAUUGGAACACUUCAUGAUGCUGAAUUUUAGCAGGACAGAUCGUUGUUCUAUGUAGGCCUGAGCUGUAUCUAUCAAUGAAAUUCAAGGAGAACAUGAGGUUAAUGAAGAGGUAUUAAUUAAUAUCCCUCACCCCAGCCCACCAAAUUAGUUGUUGGAUUCUUUGGAAACUGGAAUACUCUGGGUUUUGUCCUGCUUUUUUGUGUGUGUUUUUGUUUUGGUCUCCCAGAAGUGAGAGCUAGGAAACGGUUUCUCUUAACGUGUUUUUUUACUCCGCUCGAAUAUUAAUUUGUUUGGUAUACUCUCCCUGCAUGAUCUGUGAAUCUGACUCUACCAGCCCCUUUUCCUGCCAUCUUUCCUACAAGCGCUUAUAAACGUUACUUGGUCUGCAUUUAUUUCUUGGGUUCACUGCCGUGAGAGGUGUGGCGUGUCCUCCCUGGCUGGGAAGGGACCGGCCUGCCGUGCCGUCGCAAAUGCUUUCACGGACUCAACAAUCCCUUGACCCCGUCCAGUCUGCGGGCCCUGGUCUGCAGCACCCUCCGCCCCCUUCUCUUGGAAUGGAAUUGAAUCUAAUUCCGAAACAGUGUUGACGCAAUCAGAAAACUUCUGUUUUGUUUUGUGUUUUUUCUCAUUCUGGUUUUAGUUUGCUUUUAUUAAAAAAAGAAAAAAAAAAAACAAAAAAGCAAAAGUGCAUGGCCAGAGCUCCUUCUGUUCUCAUAGUGCAGACUAACCAGCAGGAUGGUAACAAAGCACAAAUACUUUGGAGGGAAGUGCAUCGAUGGGGCAAUUGUUCUGUGACCCAAGGUGGGGGCACCACUUCCAGGUGCUGCCACUCACGCCUGUCCCCACUAACGUGGGGAGGGAUGAAUUUUGCCCCCAGAUUUGAUUCCAGCUGGUUUCUACCAGGAUGUCCCUCUCCUGGGGAGCAGAUAAUUAGCCUGUGGAAUGCUAGGAAAAUCACAGGUGUAUUUUGUGGUGAUGACCCACUUGCCAACACAAAACUGGGCGGCCAGUGAGCAUGCUUUGUGGAAACUUAGCAAGGUUUUCUAUUUUAGCCCCAUGUUGCAUCACUGCAGCUGAUGAACGUGUUAAUCUGCUCAGAGAAAGGACGAAUAUUCUUUGAAAAUUAUCUCCAGAGUGUGGGUGUAUGUAUGACUGCAUGUGUGUUUUUGUGUCUCUGUGUAGUUAGAGAUGUUCGUUCCACAUUCCGGCUGUAAGAUGAUUUUGUGUCAUCUCUGCCCCCAUGCAGUUGUCAUUCUGUAAUGUCAUUCCAACAUGGAGAAGACUUGAGCCCUGCAGUUGGCACUCUUGUCUCUUUUUUUUAUUACCUCAUUCUCCAGUGAACUCCAUCUGACCAGUUGAUUCAGAAUCAGGCAAGAUUCCCUCCCUUUGGCACAUCCAGUGAAAGGCCAAACAGCAAGUCCAAGUGAGUUCUAAAUUUUAAUUAAUCACCCUUUAUUUUUUACACUUGAGAGUGGUUGUAAUUAAGGCUGUCAUUAAUAAACUGGUUCUACCUUA